GAAUUUGGUCUAUAAUUUUUUGUAUAUAAAUUUGGUUUUGGCAGAUAAACAAAAAAAAAAAAAAAAGAAAGAAAGAAAACUGUGGAAUUAAAAUUGUGAUCGUAGUGAAUAUGAGAAAGCUUGGAUAUAUGGAGCUGUUGGCCAAGAUUCCAAGACCAGCCUGUCCCUGUUUGCAGGUAUAUUGUCCCUUUCUGUGUUCAGACUUGUUAAUUGUAAUAACUGGUAAUGGUAGUCCUUUAUAUGUACAUCAUCCAUCAUCACACACCAUCUUGAUCAAUAAACCCUCUACGAUUUCGAUCUUCUCUCACAACUUCACAAAUCAAAAUCAUAAACCAUGCCUCUACAUACCGAGACUAGUAGUACUCCUCUUCCUCCAAAGUACUUACAAGAUGAUAAACUGACUCAAGAAUGCGAGGAGCUGCUGCCUUCUCUACCCAAAGAAAAAGGAUGGGUUUCAUCUUAUCUUUACCAAUACCGAGGUUUUUGGCACUCCGCCCGGCAGCUUCAAGGUGUCGUUGCAUGUCAAAAACACUUUGAAGCUCAAGAUUCUGACAUUUUCCUCGUCACUACUCCCAAAUCCGGGACUACAUGGCUGAAAGCCCUUCUAUUCGCUUUAGUUAACCGCAUGCAGUAUUCUUUUAUGGAACAGCAUCCACUGCUCAUGCAUAGCCCUCAUGAGCUUGUUCCUUAUCUGGAUUCAAAGAUCUAUGUCGAGAACCAAACUCCUGACCUCUCUUCCUUCACCAGUCCUAGACUUUUCGCCACUCAUUUGCCAUUAGUUUCAUUGCCACAAUCCGUGCAUGAAUGUCCCUGCAAGAUUGUUUAUCUCUGCCGAGAUCCUAAGGAUACCUUUGUAUCCCUGUGGCAUUUCGCGAACAAGCUGAGGCUUGAGAACAUGGAAAGUAAUUCGCUUGAAGAUGUUUUCGACAGGUUCUGUAAGGGAGUAAGCGUAUAUGCACCCUUUUGGGACCAUGUUUUAGGUUACUGGAAAGAAAGCUUGGAAAACCCGGAUAAGGUUCUUUUCUUGAAGUAUGAGGAUUUGAAAGAAAAGCCCACUUCCCAGUUGAAGAAAAUAUCUGACUUCUUGGGGUAUCCGUUUUCUUCUGAGGAGGAAGCAUCAGGACUCCUGGAGGGAAUCAUUGACCUUUGUAGCUUUGAUAAGUUGAGCAACUUGGAGGUGAACAAGAGUGGGAAGUUGUCUUCUGGUGAAGAAAAUAAGGCCUUCUUCAGGCGAGGUGAGGUUGGGGACUGGGUGAAAUUUCUGAAUGCUAAGAUGGUAGCUCGGCUAAAUUCCAUUACUCAACAAAAGUUUGAUGCAUCUGGGCUAAAACUAUAGGCUUAUAGUUCAAUGCAUUUGGAUCAAAAGUCUGUUGCUGCAUUAAAUGUUUCAGAGACGUCUUCGAUGUUCGAGUCUUUAUUCGUAAAGGUUGAUUACUUAUCGGUGAUUACCUUGCAGGACCCUGCUAAGUUGUUUUCUGAUUUGCAGUAGUAUUAAUUAGUACCUGAAGUUUUUCUUCAGUUGGAAAAGUGUGAACGUCUGAAAAUAUGAUUUUUAGGCUCCAUUCAGCUCAGCUGCCUAUGAAUGUAAUGCCUCGUUAUGAAAUAAAAUUUGCUUUUCUUUGAUUGUGGA